AUAAAUUAUGUUCAUGACGUAGUGCAAAAGGACACAUUUGGGACAAUUUUGUCCGAGUUUAAAGCCUUAGGGGGGGAUUCCGGGAGACACCUGGAGGAUUUCCUGAUGGUGUGAACUGUGGCAGAAAGGCCACCGUCAUUAAAUAUUAAGGCAGAGGAGAUCCUAACGUUGCAGCCCUUCUUAUCAAUGCAAAUAGCUGUCUUUUGUGUGCAGUCACAGCGCCUGUCUGGGAGCUGAGAUGAAUUUCUAAUGAUGUGUGACUGAAACAAACUGUGACAGAGCGGCGGAUUACGGAAAGUAAGCUGCGUUUCCGCGAAAGACUUUGUCUGAGGUGGUGCAGCGAGCCAUGAACCCCCAGCAUCUUCCUGCCAAAGAUGCCCCACUCACUGUCAAUGAGCAGCCAUUCACUGUCUGACAGCAGAAGUCUUUUUUCAGCCAUUUAAAUCCUGCACUUUGAAAUUCCCCUGCCAGGGACAACCAGGUUAUCGUCAUGUCUGGUCAUGAGACUAUUCGUGUUCUAGAAGUCGAGGUUGACGCAGCUCCCCCACCAUCUGCACCUGAUGGGGGGAGUGAGGCUAAAUCUGAGGAGGCUAUGGCUCAGUGUGCAGAGACAGCUGAGGCCACCAGCACCCAGAGAAGCCCCACGGUGUCCCACUGCAGCGGGGAAGCAGUGAUUGCUGAGCAGCAUGUGGCGUCCGGUGAUUCCUCGGCCCCUGUUGUCCAAACGGUGAAUCCUGCUGUUUCCCUCGGCGUGUCCCUAGCCCAGCCGCAGGCCGCCAUGCCUGUUACAGUACAAGGAUGUCCACAGGUUCUGACACAGGAGAGUCUGGCAGCUCUGAUGACUGGCAUGAUGGCUCAGACGGGGUCACUGGGUCAGCCUCUGCUUAUCCCCCUCAACAUGGCCGGGUCCAUCGCCAGCCAAGGCGGCUUGGCUGUUCUCACUCUGCCAACCACCAAUGUUGCCACUCUCCCUGGCUUCACAGGAGCUAACCCAGCAGGAAACCUCCUCAAACUACCUUUUGCUGGGCUACAAGCUGCAACAGUUUUGAACUCGGUCCAGCCCCAGCUGCAAGCCAAUACACAGCUGUUCCAACCUCAGGCAGCAUCUAUCCAGGCGGUGCAGGCGGCCGUGCAGCAGGUGUCGCCUCAGCAAACACGGGUCAACAAUACACAGGUCACUUCUGCUCAGUCGAUGCCUGUCCAGGCGACCUCUGUUGCCAACACCAUCUCUCAACCCAGUAUAUCUGUGGCAGCACUUCAGACAGCAGGACUGUCCAUCAACCCGGCAAUUAUCAGUGCUGCGUCUUUGGGGGCACAGCCUCAGUUCUUCAGUUCUCUCACAUCAACCCCCAUCAUCAACAGCACAGUGCCCAGUAUGGCUGGCAUCACCAGCCAGAUCAUCACAAAUGCCCAGGGCCAGGUUAUAGGAACCCUCCCACUGCUAGUGAACCCAGCCUCUCUGGCUGGAGGGGCCGCUGCCUCCACUCUGCCCCUGCAGGGUCUCCAGUUGCAGACCAUCGCGCCACAGCUGCUUCUCAACACCCAGGGCCAAAUUAUUGCAACUGUUGGAAACGGACCUGCUGCUGUUGCUACUUCUGCUGCAGUCCUGCCUAAAACUACAGCCCCUCCUACAAUAAACAGACCAAACACACAGGCUUCAGUAACAAGUGUAACUCAGUCGCCUGUUGUCAUUGCACCGCAGCCGUCCGCACUGAAGACCUCGACCACACUCUCUUCAGCAGCACCCAUCCCCUCUGGCGACAUGGCCAAAGUGGGGCAGCUUGUCAAUAAGCCUCAGCAGGCAGUCAGCAGCGAGGAAGGAAUUAAUUUGGAGGAAAUCCGAGAGUUUGCCAAGAACUUUAAAAUCCGCCGGCUGUCACUGGGCCUCACUCAGACACAAGUAGGGCAGGCUCUUACUGCAACGGAGGGUCCAGCAUACAGCCAGUCUGCCAUUUGCAGGUUUGAAAAGCUCGACAUCACCCCCAAGAGUGCUCAGAAACUAAAGCCAGUGUUGGAGAAGUGGCUGGCUGAAGCUGAGCACUGGAACCUGAAGGGCCCACAGAACCUCAUGGAGUUUGUCGGCGGCGAACCUUCCAAAAAGCGCAAACGGCGCACUAGUUUCACGCCUCAGGCCAUCGAGGUUCUUAACUCCUACUUUGAAAAGAAUUCCCUGCCCACAGGCCAGGAGAUCACAGAGAUCGCCAGAGAACUCAAUUAUGACAGAGAGGUGGUGCGGGUGUGGUUCUGCAACAGACGACAGACGCUGAAAAACACCAGCAAGAUCAACGUCUUCCAGGUUUAGAGAUUACCUCAUUCUCAUCCCCGCUGGAAUAGGAGGAAAAAAAAAAAGUUUUUUAAAAAUGAAAAUCAAGAGCAUUGUAAAGAUGUGUACAAAAAAACGAGUUAGAACUAUGUUCUAAGGUGGUGUAUUUGAGCACCAAUACGGUGUGGUCCAUACUCAGCUUUUCUGCAUGGUCCUCUUAUCUCACAGCUAUGAUAACUUGCCAUAUUUAAGAUACUUGAUCAACCAUUUAUUGGUUUUAAAGAGGUGUUUUUUAUAAGCUAACCUUUCUCAUUCAUUUUAAGUGUUUGUGGAUGAAAUCUUAACAGUAUUUACUAUUCUGUAUAUUAUUCUAUCAUUGGCAUCUUUUACAUUUUUUUUCCCAAGACUGAAAGUUCAUCAGACUCUGAAAAGGCAAUAACCUUUUGUUUUUACUGUAUCUCUACUUUAGUUCUGCCCAACGCUUUGGGACAAUCAUCCCUUUGGUAGAUAAUCAAAAAGAUGAGAUCAAAAUCUCUCUCAUUUUGGCCUCCAUGUUUAGUUCAAGCCUUCUCAGCGUCAAGACAGAACAUCUGAUUUGACGCCGCAGGCAGGAUCGGUUCCUAGGAAACUAAAAGUAAAUGCAUCAUAGCAAAAUGAGUGGCUUUGCCAAUUAUGACACGUGAUGUGUGAAAACGUCAAUUUGCUGAAUGUUAGGUUUUAUGCAUACAUAAUUUAUUUGUUUUUUUGGAUCUGUUUUUCAUAAUAUAAGAUAAUAUGUUGAGUAAAAUUUUAAAGUCGACAACAGAUUUAUUGGCACCCUUGGUAAGGAUGUGUAAAAAGCCCAGUCUAGGUUAAUGUGAAACAGAAAAAUGUAUUAAAUUAAAAGAAUAUAGACCACGUUUAGCUGUAAUUGAGCUCAUGCAAUGGCUGGUGGAGUAAAUAAUAGAAUCCUUG